AUGUUUUGUGUAGAAAAUUGUAUUAAGCACGUUACGUCAGCACCAUACAGGCCACAAGGCAACGGGGACGCUGAAAAUGCGGUAAAAGCAAUUAAAAAGGCUAUUAAAAGAGCUCUACACGAAGGCGCGGACGUAACUACCGCUUUUAAUACGUUUCUUUUCCAAUAUCGUAAUUGUGAGCAUGCGACGACUGGUGUGUCUCCGGCCGUAGCCCUGAUGCGGCGGCGGCUGCGCGGGCGGCUGGACGCCUUGCGCCCUGACCGCGCCGCCGGCGUGCGAGCUGCGCAGGAACGACAGGUGACGUCGGCUGGCGGCACACCACGCUCCGUCAAUGUAGGGGACGUGGUUUUCGCGCGUGACUACACUUUAAGAGGGGAGAAGUGGUCGGAAGGUAGGGUUAAGGCGCAAACUGGUCCGGUUUCGUAUAAGGUGGAUAUGGGCCAGGGAAUCGAAUGGCGAAGGCAUGUUGAUCAAAUUAUUCCGGCUAGUAAAAAUCGAUUUUCACUUACACGGGCAAGUGUUUGUAAUCCGGAUGAACAAUUGAAUACACGUGUUGAUAUACCCGAUAUGGAUGCUGACGAAGCGUUUGAGGAUGCAUUGGACGGUGAAGUUCAGGUAGCAGCACCAGAUCAGCCUCUGACGGCGCACCUUCCCGCUAGCGCGGGUGUCCUUACGCCAACCGUGGAUGCUCCGGCCGCGCCACCGCCCGAUGCUUCCGCCCGUGCGUUGCGUGCUUGGAAUCGGGCCCAAAGGUCUAGCUAA